GUCACGUGCUUUGGGGCUGCGUGUAGGCUCUCGCGGCUGUCGGUGGUGCUGUCAGUCGGUGCAGGUGAGGCUGGUGCAGGUGAUCAUGGCUGAGGAUGUGACUGUGUCGGAGGAGACUUUAACGAGUGCUCUGAGUCAGUUGGUGAACUUGGGGAGGAUCCUUCUGCAGAAAGCCCGACAGGAAGCUGCAGAAUCCCUGGAGACGUUUGUCCCACAUAAGAUCACCACUUUAUUCGGCCUGAUCACAGCCGGGGCACAGCUCUACAAAAGCCUUGGAGUGAAGAAGAAGACUGAAGCAGAGGCUGUGUGGCAGAAGUAUUAUCACCAUGCAGCCGUGAGAGAGCAGGUGGAGGAACUUCUGGAGCUGGAGGUUUGGAUGUUUUGUGCUGGUGAGCAGAUUUACAGGAGUUUUGGCCUCGGCUCGUCCUACGCCAAGGUGAUCAAUUUCAGCUGCCUGCUGCAGUACUCAGAGUACGAAACCAAUAACAGGGAGCUCCCCGAUGUCCCCCUUCGCCUGCUGGAAGAUAUCUACCAGCUGGGAGGAGACUUCUUGCUGGAUAAAGAAGGGAAAGUCCUUCUUUGUCACCCGUCUAAGAACCCUCUGGACAGGCCGCCCGUGAAGGACAUCCUGAAGGCUGUGGACCAGUAGAAUCCGGUCCGGUGGUUUCUGGGUCUUAACACAACGACACUGACACCUCAGAGGAAGAGCGGCUCUUUGACUCACGUUUAUGACGUCACAUCUCACCCUCAUGACUCCAUGAAGAGGCGUGACCGAUGCAGAACUGUGAAGCAAAGACGACUGAUGUUCGUUUGUUGUGUCCGUGUUGUGAUGGGAGCAUUUUUUUAAAUGAGCGGUACUGCAGGAUCACAACUUAAUUAUACACACAAGUAUGAAUAAUUUGCUUUAUCAGACAUUUCAUUUUACUUUAAAGGUGCUUUAAGCAGAUUUGGCGGUGGUAGCGAGAGGUACUGGUUUUAAUUUUGGGUACAAAUUACUACUUUACCCAGAAAUCAUCAACUUUAUGAAACUUUACCCUUAAAAAUACAAUAGCUGCUACAGAUCCGAUCUUUUCAUAUCCAUUAAUAAAAUAAGCUCAUUGUCUCAAACUAUGAGACAUUAAAAUCACUCAGUAAUCAAAUCUUAAUGCCUUUAUGCUGUCAACUGAAAUGUAUCAAACUAUUUCAAAGCUGGCAUUCACUGUCUGGUAAGAUUUGUAAUUUUGUGCUCUUAUUGUAUCAGAUUGUUACCGAUUUUAAAUAAAAAUUGUGGGUAAUUUUA